CAACCCCAUUGGUCCGAAGGAGAAGGCUGACCCUCCCCAUUGGCCCGGCCCUCAUAUUGAACGGGCCAAUGAGGGCUGAGGUUUCAGGUCGCCAUAGAGACCGAUGCUGUUAAGAGCAAGAGGGCCGGGAGAAGGCGGCGAGCGAGGAUGAAGCUGUGCAUGGCAGGGUUUGUCCCUGGUGUCAAAGGCAGGAACAACUGAGCCUCCAUAGGAAUCCUUAAGAGCCUGGGAGUGGGCGUUUUACUUUUCCUGAGACUGGGGAAUCCCUGCGCCUCUGCCCUUUAACCUUUGACAUGCAUUCAGCUUCUGCUUCUCCAGAUAUGGAAAACAUGAAUAAAAGAGACCAAUCAUUCAUGACAAAUCAAAGAAAUGAUAGCUCAGGUAAUCUGGUACUUUGUAUGAAAAAUGAAAUAAGAAGCACCAAGUAUAAACCAGUAGACUAUCAACAGCUGCAUGCAUUAACAGAAGCAAAAAAAUUAGCUUCUGCCUCUGCAGAGCUAAAGAUCAGAAAAGCAGUGCAGACUUCAAAGAUAUCUAAAGAACAAACACUAAUAAAACAGCACAAGCAAGUGUGGUGGCAAGAACACCAGAGGUUAAAUGAAGUCAGAUGUAAAAUAGAAUCUGAAAUAAAAUCCUUUCUCAAUGAAGAGAACAUUGGAAAUGAAUGUCUUUCUGACCUUAUGAAUUUUGAACAAGAGUUAUCAGAACAAGGGUGUGCAUAUCUUAAAAAUGUGAUACAUCCUAUUCAGCAAUUGAGAGCAGAUCUAAAAUACAGACAGUGUCACAUUUCUCAGCAUCCCCACUCCCAUAGUGAGUUUAACUCCUUGAAGGUACUGGAAGAGGUUGACUUCGUGAAGAAACAAUUGAAAGCUGUCUUUGAAAGUCUUAAGCUAGAGCAACAGAAAAUAGAAAAUAGUAUUUCAGACUGGAGUGUGAAAAUAGCAGAUCAUUCUUCAGAAGAAAGAAGUAAUCUGCUCAGUGAGCUGCCCAUGGAAUUGGAAGCUUUGGAAUGUCCAUACCCUGAUUUGAAAUCUUCAAUCCUUAAUGGGUUCCGUGACUUUACAGAGAAAUAUCAAAAGAAACUUCAAGUUCUUGAUCGGCAGUUAGAAGAUAUAUACAGAAACUACCAAUUAAGUGAUGAAGACCACUGGCUUUACCAGGCUAUUCUGGAUCAGUAUCCUGGGAAUCUCUGUGGCAGAAGGACUCUGUAUCUGGACAUGUUACAGAGAUAUUUUCCUCACAAAUCAAGGCAUGAUUUGGUCGAACAUGAGAAAUAUUGUGACCAGUAUCGCUUUGCUAAGGAGCAGCGAAAGAUCCUGAUGUCAAAUUGGCAUAAGAAUAGGAGAGACUUUAUACAGAAGGCUGUGCUGACACUGGCUGAGGCCUGUACAGCUCAUGAAAUGGAAAGCAUGUUGGCGAAGGACAGGAAAAAGCAACAGGAAGUGUGUGCUGAUCUGAAAGCCAAGGUUCUUCAAUGGCGGGCCCACCAGGAAGAGGUAGCAAGAUUGGAAAUGGAAAUUUCUGCCAGAAGAAGAGAAAAGGAGGAGGAGAAAGAGAAACUAUGGAAGAAGAAAGAAUUGUUACAAAGAGAAGAUAAGAAAAAAAAAAUAAGACAAUACUGGGCUAAAAAAGAACAGAAAUGGCAAGAAAUGGAAAUGAGAGAUCUUCAGCGUCUUGAAGAACUGAAGAAAUUAAUGGCUGAACAGUCAGUAAAAGACAGAGAAAGGGUUAAAUAUAGACAAGAAGUAUUGGAAAAGCGUUUGAUGGAGAAAAAAGAAGUGGCCCUUCAAGAAACACUUGAAGAAGAAGAGAGAGAGAGGCGGCUGGAAGCCCUUAGGAAACAGGUUGCUAUUGUUGCUCAAUUCGAUCCUGUUAGAAUGAUGUCAGAUACAAUGGCAUCAAAAGCGAGGAUGGGUAUUGGAAUUGAAGAAGAAUUUAUUCUCCAAAAGCCACUCUUCACAUUGAAUACAUACAAUGAACAGCAGAUAAUUUCUGACCCCAGACUUCGUUUUGAGUUAGCACUUCGAGAAGCUGGACUUCAUAAAACAUUUUAUGCCAAAGAGCUAUUACCAAAAAUCAGUCCUCAAAAACCUCCGAGAAAGGAUAUGGAGUCUACUAUAUUUAAAAUCUAGGGUUCAAGCUCAAAUCCUAUUACACAUAAGCAAGAUUUUUCUUUGACUACAUUUAUGUAGAUAAUAAUUACUACUUUCUAAAAUUUUUUUUAAAUUUCAGACCUAAAAAUCAUAGCAUCUAUUAAAACAACUUUGUCUUUCUUUUAUGA